ACUAAAGGUCAUCAACAAGUCGUUGCAGCCGCCUCCAGCCGGUAGAUUUUAGGUAACGCUGCCGCCUGGUUCCCGCUGCUGAACCAUGAUUUUCACGAGGAAAACAGUGAAAUUGCUGAAUUACCGCCUGAAAAGCCUCGCCUUCGCCCGCCUAAGUGUCCAUCGAUGCCUCCAGAGCAGCGCCGCCGGGGAUGUGCCCUCCGUGGAGGUGAACUUCAGCAACGGACGUAACAUGACGAUCAGCUCGGGGAAGCUGGCGCGCUUUGCCAAUGGCACUGCCGUCUGCCAGAUGGGAGACACCGCCGUGAUGGUGACGGCGGUGGCCAAGGCAAAGCCCACUCCCGGCCAGAACUUCAUGCCGCUGGUAGUGGACUAUCGCCUGAAGAACGCAGCCUCGGGGCGCAUUCCCAUGAACUUUAUGCGCCGCGAGUUGGGGCCGUCCGAGAAGGAGAUCUUGUCGGCGCGCCUGAUCGAUCGCUCGCUGCGUCCGCUCUUCAACAAGGAUUACCGUACGGAGACGCAGCUGGUGUGCAACAUGCUGGCCAUGGAUGCGGUGCACUCGCCCGACAUUCUGGCCAUCAAUGCCGCCUCCAUGGCGCUCUCCCUGAGCGACAUACCCUGGAAUGGACCGAUUGGAGCUGUGCGGGUUGGCCUCUGCGAUGGCGAGGUGCUGAUCAAUCCCACACGCCGGGAGCUGCAGUCCUCGCAACUGGACCUCGUGGUGUCGGCCACCAAACAGAACCUCGUGGUGAUGCUCGAGGGCAAGGGGAAUGUCGUGCUCAUGCAGGACCUGCUGAAGGCCAUCAAGCAGGGCACGAGGGAGGCACAGUUCAUCAUCCACGAGAUCGAGCGCCUGCAGAAGGCCUACGGCAGGCUGAAACGCGAAGUGGAUUCCUCGAACAAAGUGGAUCCCGAGCUGCAGGAUGCGGUGCGCAGCAUGUGCGAGAUGCGGCUGCGAGAGAUCUUCCAGGAUGCGAACCACGACAAGAUCUCGCGCGACAAUGCUGUGAAUGAGGUGCGCUCGCAUGUGAUCGACAAGGUUUGGUCCUCCUAUCCGGACACCGAGCCAUCGGUGAUCGGCGAGGAGUUCAAUCAGACCUGCCGCUCGAUCUUCCGCGAGCUGAUUUUCGAACGGAAUUAUCGCUGCGAUGGCAGGGACUAUGACACGCUGCGGAACAUCUCCUGCCAGGUGGACAUGUACAAGCCGCUGCACGGCUCGGCGCUGUUUCAGCGCGGGCAGACGCAGGUCUUCUGCACCGUGAGUCUGGACUCCCCGGAGAGUGCCAUGAAGCUGGACUCGCUCGCGGCCCUCGACAGUGGCGGCCUCAAGGCCAAGAACUUUAUGCUCCACUACGAGUUCCCGCCAUACGCCACGGGGGAGGUGGGCAGGAUUGGGCCGUUGGGACGCAGGGAGCUGGGACACGGCGCCUUGGCGGAGAGAUCUCUGCUGCCCACAUUGCCACACGAUUACCCCUUCACGGUGCGCCUCACCUCGGAGGUGCUCGAGUCGAACGGUUCCAGCAGCAUGGCCAGCGUCUGCGGUGGGUCCCUGGCCCUGAUGGAUGCCGGCGUUCCGGUGAGCGCACCGGCGGCUGGCGUGGCCAUUGGUUUGGUCACAAAGUACGAGAACAACGACACGAAACACCUGCAGGACUAUCGCAUUCUCACGGACAUCCUGGGCAUCGAGGACUACAUGGGGGACAUGGACAUGAAGGUGGCGGGCACACGCAAAGGAUUCACUGCCAUCCAGGCGGAUCUCAAGGUGCCUGGGAUCCCAUUGAAAGUGGUAAUGGAAUCGCUGCAGAAAGCCACCGAUGCCAAGUCCAAAAUAUUGGACAUAAUGGCAGAGGCCAUCCGAGAGCCACGCAAAUACCCAAAGGAUAGCUGGCCCGUGAGCGAAACCCUAAACGUGGAGCCGCACCAGCGCUCUAAGUUGAUUGGCCCCAGUGGCAUGCACUUGAAACGCAUCUACCUCGAAACGGGCGCCACUCUCACAGCCGCCGAUGAGUGCAAUUUCACCGUCUUUGCGCCCUCCCAGGCGGCCAUGGACGAGGCCAAGGAACUCAUCGAGGGAUACAUGGUGAAGGAGCGGAUCCCCGACCUCGAGUUCGGGGGAAUAUACACUGCCAAAGUAACAGAGCUGCGGGAUACGGGCGUCAUGGUCAUCCUGUAUCCCAGCAUGCCGCCAGCAUUGCUGCACAAUUCGCAGUUGGAUCAGCGAAAGAUUGGCCAUCCCUCGGCCCUGGGCCUGGAGGUGGGCCAGGACAUACAAGUCAAGUACUUCGGCCGCGAUCCAGUGUCCGGUUUUAUGCGGCUCUCGCGGAAAGUGCUGCAGGGCCCAGCCCUGGGCAUUCCUCGAUCAUUCAAUAAGGCGGCAGAAGAGAAUGGCACGUGAUCCGAAGGAUCCUUAGGACAUAUUUGAAACUUUAUUUGUGUGUGUUUAAAACGUAUAUAAAAUAUAUUAGAUGAAAGAAUUAA